GCAUCAUAACACGUCGUCAAAGCACGGUGGCGUAGACGUUUUUGGACUCGGAAGUUGACAAGUAAAAUAUACAACUAUGGCAUCAAAUGGACGAGGCUCCAUGCGAGCUCAAAGUCGGUCACCUCCAUUCCUUGUUAUAGGCCUUUUGGUAGCAUUAGUUAUCCUAGGGGCAAACUACUGGAAUCUAUCUUCAAAUAACAGCAAGUUGGCGUUUGAGGUGGCUGAACUCCAAGAUCAAGUCCGACAAAUUUCAGCGAAAAGAAUCAGCGCAGAAAAAAAGAUCGACUCUAUGGCAGAGAGCUACAACCGAAAUAAAGACACUCUGGCACAGAAAGAGAGUGAUGUUAAAUCUCUGAAUUCUCAAGUAGAGGACAAGGUGGGAGAACUGCAGUCAUUGGGAAAGGAAAAGGAGUCUUGUCAGAAUAAUUUGAAAAAUUGUGAAGACAACAGUAAUGGGAUACAACAAGAGCUUUUGAAAGUAAAAGAGGAAGUUGAGCAACUUAAGAAGAAGGAACAAGAAGAAAUGUCAAACACUCAGAAAUGUGACAGUGUAUGUGCUGAUAUGAGAAAAAUGAUCAUAGAUGCUGUUGAGAAGACGAUGGGCAUUAAUGCUGUUCAGACUCUUCACCAAGCUGGGGUAGAUGUUGGUGAAUAUAAGGACAAAUUAGGGGGAUCUCAGAACCAAGCCCAGGCAGAGCAGCCACAGAAGCCAGAAAAGCCAGAAGUUGGUGAAGCGGAUGCUGCCCAAAAGCCAGCUCAGCCUCAAGGGGGUGAGAAUUUGGAAGCAGGCAAGGGCGCGGCUAAUCCCAUCCAGCAACAACCUGCAGAAUCCAAUGCUUUACCACAGGGACAAAUUAAUCCUCAACCAGGCCAGGGACAGUCAAAUAUGAUUCCCCCUGCUCAGGUUGAGGGCCAGUCGAAUCCUGAUAAUAAACCCAAAAAUGCUGAACAAGCUGAUACUAAUUCCCUUCAAAAGAAUAACCCUGCUGGUAUUCAAAUCGAAGCAAACAUUAUUCCUCCUGGCCAGUCCAACCCAGACAUUCCCAACCCUCAGGUGGAUCAGAAAAUCCUACCCCCUGGCAACCCUCCUGCAGAACAGGGCAAUCCAAAAGUUCCAGGUAACCAUGACAACAACCCCGCUGCGGAUGCUGAUGAUCAGGUACUGCAACCUGGUCAGGUUAGGGCUACUACAGCUAAACCAGCAAAUUCAGCCUUUCAAGAUAUAGCAGACACUCUUCGUAAAAAUAGUCUUGAAUUGAUAAGUAAUAAAUCUUCUCUCUUAGGCUUGGGUAACUUUCAUAAUUCACUGGCCAUGAAGGCUGCAGAACAGGCAAAACAAAACUUUCAGGGAUCUUUAGAAAAGCUUAAAAAUAGUAUUGUCAGUAAACCUACAGGUCAGGUUGAUUCAAAGACAUCAGGCCAAGGUCAGGCAGAUACAACAUUAGAUCAAGGUCAGGCAGACAGGAAAACAUUAGAUCAAGGUCAGGCAGACAGGAAAACAUUAGAUCAAGGUCAGGCAGCUCUAAAUCCGAGGGAAGUGGGAAAGGAGGAGGUAUCUGCUGAGGUCAAGUCUGUUCAGACUACCGGUAAGAUGGUAGAAAUGAAACAGUCCAAACUUAGCACCAAAUCUAAAACCGUCACUCAGGUCUUACCACUGCAGAACAAGAAAGUGGCUGGCCAGUCAGCCAAGGACAAAGAUGACUAUGAUGAUGACUAUGAUGAGGAAGAUGAAAAAAAGACGGGUGGAAAGGGUGACGGCAAAAAACUGGAGGACAACUAUGAUGAUGAUACAGAUGUUGGAGAUGAAAAACUUAAGUUUAUUCCUGGAAAUGAUAAAGCUGGAAGUGUGAAGGCAGCAGAUGACAGUAUAGACACACUGGAGAAAAAGAUGAAGUUCGAAGAUCAACAGAAGUAGUCUGUUCCAUUACAAUAUUCCACAUCAAGAUUGUGAUAAUAUGCAAAUGUGAUAGUUAAAAUUGGGAAAAACAAGAUACUUUCUUCAAUAAUCCCUAAGUGUUAAUUCAAUUUACGGAAAUUUGCGUAUACACUUAUUUAUCCUGUCAUGAUUAAUAAUUUUCACGAAAUGUGUCAUAUUCUGCAAUGCUGUUUGUAAUGCUUCUUUCCAUCAGAAUAGUGCAAACUUUUAAUAUUUUAAAUAUCGCAUUAAAAAAAGAAUCUCAUAAAACAUAUUCUUCAGGCACACAAAAGUCACUAAAUAAAACAAAAAGCACCGCAGAUUCCGGUCAAUGUUUGUCUUGUACUAGAUCUAUCAUUCUAUUUGAAAUACAUUAAUGUUUUUACCAGUGAUUAGGUCAUGAAGGGAACAAUUAACGAAAAAUUUUCAUUUUAUUAAAGCCGCCUUUUCAGAAUAAGUUAAGUAUUGUAUUUGUUUAAUGUUUGAAUGUUUAAAAAAUUUCAUGGCCUGCUCUUUUCAUUGUUAAACUAUAAUUUUAAUGUAUUCAUCUAAACAUAUAAAUAAUAAUGUUGUGUCUUUUUUUCUUGAAGGAAAAAAUCCUAUCACCAAAUCAUUGAAUGUGUGUACCAUUCCUCUCCUCUUUUUCCCUUAAUUUAUGUUUUUCCCAACUUUUACUUAACAAAAUUUAUUUAUGCUUGUGGCUACAAAACAAGAAGCAAAAACAAAACAAACAAAACAACUACUGUAACAUUGUAUUUUUUUUUUUGCUCUAUUGAUAUUUGUCAAAAAUAUGAUUACUUUGAGCUCAUACUUAAAGGACAAGCAUUCACCUUGGAAUAAUUUGGGAGAAAUGCUAUAUAUUGAUAUACGUUCUUUGUGUCGUGUCACUCCAUCUUGUUUGGAGACAAAUGUAUCUAUUUCUUACAUUUCAUAACAUCUUAUAUGAUGUAGACAUAAUUUUUUGCAUUUGUAUGUUUUACUUACAUAUUAAAUCGUUUUCUGUAUGAUAAAUUAUGUGUGUGUAAGUGUUGGUAAUAUACACUAAAUGAUUGUGAUAUACAUGUUACAUAUACCACAAGAUUUUGAAAGGAAAGUGAAUACAUGUAUAUCGAAUCAAUGAUGUGAGGCAGAUUCUAGGUCAUAGUAAACACAAAAUGUAUAUAUUGGAGGGCUUAUUAACAAGUGUUAUUGUAUACUUUUUCACCUCUUAACUAUAACAGUUAUUGUGGGCACCUUUGUGGAAAAUAUGUUGAAGAUUUUUGUUUUGUUUCUAUUUUAUCUGAUAAAUUUUAAUUUAACUAAUGUUUUAAUUUAACUGAUGAAGAUUCUACUUAAAAAUCAUUAUUUGAUUUAGCAGUUUCACACGAUUUAUGUUUAUUUUCAUCAUUUUUGCUUUUGAUCAUUUGGAGAAAUAUAUUGCAAUAAGUUUUGUAGAAAUAUUUGCAAAACAUUCUGGUUACUUUUAUGCUCAUGAUAUAUUAGAAUUUGCAAAGUCUAAGUAAAUAUAUAAACAGAAUGUACAUUUAAAUUUUCACUCCAAAACAGAAAGAAAUAGCAUCUUAGAAUUAAAAGCAUAAUCAGUGCUUGAUCCAGUGAAUUCUUUGUCAUACAAAACCAUGACAGUAAUCUCCAAGUAUUUUGAGGAAAUUAUUUCCGGUCAGUUUUAUUUUGUGAGUGUUAUGGAUGUAAAAAAAUAUAUUUGAUUUUUGUCAACCAAUUUGUACUUGUUGAGUAAACAAGUAGCUGGAGGUACACAUUACAUGUAAAAUGUAUCAAUCUGCUUUAUUUGUUACAGAGAAAACAUCAAAUUUGUAAUCUUGUGUUGCUAUGGUAAUUAAUGUAAUCUUAUGUUGCUAUGUUAAUUAGUGCCUACAUUUUAUAGAUGAGAAAGUUAACUUCAUAGUUUUGCAUCUGAUGUUUAUCUUAGUGUGUCAGGAUUGUGGUAACUUUGGUUGUGUGAUAAUGAGAGUUUGCAGGGAUAUUAAUGUGUGUAUAAGGGUGAAAAGAUGUGGUCUUUUGAUGAUCGCUGUGAUUAAUUGUUCACAAAACUCAGUUGUAAACCAAGCAACAACAUUCCAUACCAUUGUAAAUCUCAGAGAUCCUGCAGAAAGUUCUUUUUGUCUGUAUGUAAUACAAAAGGGAAGUACAUGUAUAUAUGUGUACAAUGUACAUUGUAGAUAAUGGUAUACUCUGUUAUAAAUCUGGAAAAUGCCAGACUCUGGAUUUAUUUAUUACUAAACAGAUUUAGGUUGUGUUGUUUUAAAACAAAUGAUUGAUCAUAUAACUUGGUGCUGAUGACCAUGACAAGAUUAACUUUUCAGUCACUUGUUAAAAUGAUAUGUGUCCAGACUAAUGCGUAGUUAUUAGUGCAUAUCAGAUUUAAUAAGUAAAUUGUUAUGUGAGUUACAGAUAGGAUAUUUAUUAGAACAGUAAGGUACAAGUUUUGUUUCCCGAUAGAGCAUGUUAAGAUCUCAUCACCUAGCUAGCCCAUAAAUUGCAGAUUAAAACUGAAAUAGAUUUACAGCCAACCUAACUAUCAGGAGAAUAUGAAGAACAAAUUAUUAUGUAUACUUGUUAUUGAACACCUGGGCAUUGGAGCAAUUUUAGUUCAGUGACAUUUCUUCAGGUGUAGGUAUCUGAUGCAAACGAAUAAUUAUACAUUAUUACAAAUAAUAGUAUAGAAAGUAUAUACUAUUAAAUUAUAAUGUCUUCUGAUGUGUUAAGAACCUGUGCUUCAGUUGAUCCAUUAUAUAUAAUAAAUUGAUAUUUGAUUAAUGUGAAUCCGUAGUACAUGUAUAUCAUUUUUUUAAAAGACAUUAAAAAAAAAACAUCAACAUGAAAUCAUGUUUAAUUAAUUUUGUGACAUUUUAAAGACUUCAUUAUAGAAUGCCUCAUUAUGUUAACAGAUACCAGUAAACACAUUUUUUAAAUACUUGAUAUAUAUAUAAAUUACAAGCAUUUUUUCCAAGUCAGAGUGAUUAAAAACAAAUGAAUUGUAUUUCUUUCAAAAGCUUUUAAUAAAGCAACUUGUUAAUGUAUUCUAUUAUUUAAUAGAGAAAUUGAUGAUGUGCAAUCUGCAAAUGUGAAAAGAUAAUCUUUUGUGUUCACUGUUUUUUGAUAAAAUGGGGUCAUUUCUUGUGUGAAAUUAAAACAAAGCUUACUCUAUAUAAUGAUAAUAAUAAUGACAAAACAGAUGUACAUGUGAUUUUAUUAAUUUAUUGAACUUUUCACAAUGUAUCUGUAAAUGUAAUGAAGGCUGGUUAUAUAAAAAGUCUCACGAUUGUGACAGAAGGAUCUAUUUUUCCAUUGAAACUGUUUGUAUUUUUGCAGCCAAUUGAACUUUGAAAGGACAUCUGGAGAAAAAUACGAGUUUGCAGAAAUAUGAACUAUCUUAACGGAAAAAGCACCUGUCAACUUAGAUACUAAGUGUGAUGUGGGCACUUAAAUCAAUACAUGUCCACAUUUUAAAUUGACACACAACUUAUAUACAGCUUGUCCUCAUUUAAGUGUGCCGAUUUGAAAAUAAUGUUUGAAUUAUAAUAAUAUAAUUAUGAUUGUGUAGAAAUCCUGGAGGUCAAUAAAAAGUAAAAUGGU